CCUAUUCGCAGCACUGUGCCCAUAGAUGCGUACUAGGCAGAAUGCCGACGUGCAUCAACAACAUCUCACCUCACCGCCAUCCGGAUCCCCCUCUCCUCCUGUGCGAGAGGAUUUCUCAGCAGCGAAAGCUCUUGCGACGGAUGCGAAGGUUCUCGCCAGGCUUUUUCGUCGCGAAUCACAGACGCCUCGUCUUCGGCUAUCGAGGCAAGACCCGCGUUGCCCCUUAGCAAUCGUCCCAUGGACUGUCUAACGCACAGCGGCAUCGUCCGCCUCUCGUCUAGCCCUGUCUCUAGAAGCAGCAGCGGUCCGAGCAGCGUUGCUGGCGGCGGCAGGGACGGCGGAAGAGACGGCGGCAGAAGCGGCGGCGGCAGUGGAGGCGGCAGGAGGCACCAGCGUCGAUUUAGGAACCGCCGGGUGGUUUGCCGCGCGGAGUCCGUUAUGGUUAUAAUGAUGCUGGUCGUAUCGGGGAUGGCUCUGGCGGGCUCGCUGCUGCUGCUUCCCAUGCGGCUGCCGCGGAUUGGCCUGGGCAGAGGGCUGGUGGGGCCGCGCAAGCUAGUGUACCGGCAUAGCGACGCGUCGAUGGCGUCGAUGGGGGAAGGGGAGGAGUCGUCGGUUCGCACUGUGGAGAAUACGCACCCGAACAAGUCUUUACAUUUUUCGACACCAUCCGUGUCAGGAUCCACGUCAUUCACGACAGAAUCGAUGUCAGGAUCAUUGACAGCAUCGACGUCAGCAUCGAUGGCAUCUAAUUCCUCUCGCCCGCCCUCGGGCCUGCCCUCCUCUCACGCAUCCCCCUCUCUCGCCAUCUGCCUCGUCGGCUCCCCGCGCGACUUCCACAUAACGGGUCCCUCUAUAAAGCGGCAUCUGCUCUCCGCGUACCCCUCCGCGUCCACGCACGUCGUUGUCAACAGCCCCUUCGACCAUACCUCCGCGCGUCUUCUCGCUCUCGCCCUCGCAUCCCCUCAGCUACCACCACAACCGCUCUCAACCUCAACACCUCCACUCUCCACCCCUCCACCACCUCUUUCCACCCCUUUGACACCCCCUAACGCCUCUCGGGUUCUAAGUCCCCUCGAAGCAUCCCCAUCCCCCCCUCAAGUCCCUUUCCCCCUGGACCCCGCCUUCUCCCGCGUCUCUCUUGUGCGCAUCUCCCCCCACGUCCCCCUGCCCGUCUCCCCCCAGGCCUCGCGCGUGCUCAGCGCGGAGGGCUCCCCCAGUGGCGCGCAGGGCUUGCUGCAGUACUUCCAUCCGGUGGGAGGGGUGAACCGUGUGCCUCCCUCCCUCUUCCAUGUCAUUGGCAUUCUUGUUGCGUGUUACUGCCUCUUCCAUGUCGCAUCUCUCCCCAUGGGCCCUGUCUUCCAGGGCUUGCUGCAGUACUUCCAUCUGGUGGAGGGGUGUGCCUCCCUAAUCGCCUUGCUCGAACACUGUGCCUCCUCCUCUUCCUCUUCCUCCUCCUCCUCCUCCCCUCACCGCCACCAACCAGUUGAGAAACAACCCUUGCCCUCCCCUUAUUCUUCUUCUUCCUCCUCCUCCACAUCCUCCUCCCCACCCCGGUCUCCCUCUCCCCAUCCCUUGCACUUUGACUACAUCAUCCGCUCUCGCCUCGACUCCUUCUGGGCGGCACCCGCCCCUCCUCUCUCCUCCCUCCAUCCCCCUUCCUCCACACUCACACCCGCUCCUGCCGGCGCUGCUGUUUCUGCAGCCUCUCCUGCGGACGCCGCUGCCACUGAAGCAGCUGGUAGUAAAGCGCCUGCCACAGCCCCUCUCUCUGCGUCAACUACCUCUACCUCCGCUUCUGCCUCUGCCUCUGCCUCUGACCCAGCACUCUCGGCCAUAGAAUCAUCAUCCCCUGCCACAUCAGCAGCACAUGAUACAGCCUCAGCAGUAUCCCAUGCCCCGUCAGCAUCAUCAUCAUCAGCAACAGCAGCAGCGGCGGCGGUGGUGGCAGUGCCGCUGGGGUCAGAGUGGGGGGGGUUGAACGACCGCUUUGCCAUGGGGCCAAGGAGAGGCGCGUGGCAGGGGCUCAUGCGCCUGGCUGCUGUGGCAGCCAUGGAUGGACGCGGGAUCAGGGGUGUGAUAUCGGAGCAGGCGUGGCAGGAGCAGCUGAGCAUGACCGGGACCCGGGUGUUGAAGCUCAAUGUGUCCUUCUGUGUGCUUACUCGCCGCUUCACUCACCGUCUCUCCCCCACCACCGGCAACAGCAUCAUCAACUGCAACAACACUGCCACCACCAACAGCAGUAGCAGCAGCAGCAGCAGCAGCAACAAUAGCAGUGCAAACCUGAAUAACUGCAGCAGGAGCACCAACACCAACACCUCUAUCACCACCAGCAUCAGCAGCACCAAGAACACCACCCAAAGCAGCCCCUCCCCUCUCUGCCAGCCCUACGUGUUCUCCCUCGCCUCGCCCAUCCCCAUGAACGGCGCCUACUGCCGCCCCUGCACCCAUCCCUGCGCCCCUGCCUCCUCCCCUGCUGCUGCCGCCGCCUUCAACUCCCUCCCCUCGCCGCCCUCCCUUCACCAUGGCUCCGCCUUUCCUCUGUUCCGCGCUGGAAUGGAGCUCUGCCCGGCUGUGGACACUCUAGGGGACGAUGGGGACUGGGAGGGGGAUUGGGGCGGGGAGGAGGGGGGAGAGGAGGAGGGUGGAAACGGAAGGGAGGGAGGGAAGAGAGGGGUUGGUGGAGGGAGGAAAGGGGAGGGGGAUGGGAGGAGUGGACAGGAUGGGAGUGGGGUCGAGGCGAGCGAGAGGAUUGAGAAGGAAAGGAGCGAGAAGGAAAGGAGCAAGAAGGAAAGGGGUGAGGAGGAGAGGUGGCAGGAUGGGGUUGCGCGCGUGGCAGGGCCGGCAGCAGUGCAGGAGAGUGAGAAAGUGGAGCAGUGGGUGCGAGACUACUCCUCGUGCCUUGCUCUCUUCCACCACAUGCGCGCACAGCCGCAUGUGACUUGGAUGGCACCUCCCCCAGAAGUCAUCUGCACGCGAGCCCGCCUGGGGCCCUCGGUGCCCCUCGCCUCCUCUCCUGGCCUCGCGCCCUUCCCUCUCUUCCUCAACCGCCUCUCCUAUACCAGCGCCGUGGUGUGCCUGUCCUCGGACCCCUCCCUCACGGACCUCUUCUCCAUGGAGCUGCGCCUGCUGCUGCCGGGGAUACAGCCGCGCUGCAUGGACUGGCAGGGGCGCACACCCCAGCUUUAUGGGGGCGAUGGGGACGAUGGGGAGGGCGAGGGGGAGGGCGAGGGGGAGCGGGAAAAUGAUGGGGAUGGUGAUGGGGAAGCGGGUGGGAGUAGGAGCACAGGGGAUGAUUUCCCUGGCAACAAUGGUGGUGGUGAUGGUGGAGAUGGUGCUGCUGAUUCUGAUGCUGAUGCUGAUGAACAGUCUGUUGUGGAUGCCAGUCGGCGCAUUUUGGCGCACAUCAAGGCUCAUGGGCCUCUGGACGUGCUCGUGGUGCCAGAAGUUCUCCGGGCAGUGAGGACAGUCAGAGCAUGGCGCAGAGAUCAGGCCAGUCUGCCUGUCUGUCAGUUGAUGCUCUCCGUCCCACCCCCACUGGAAGAGGCAUCUGCGUACCACACCACCUUCUCUCCUCCUUCCUCUCCUCCUCUCUCCCCUCCUCUCUCUCCUCCUUUCUCUCCUCCUCUCUCCCCUUCUCUCUCGCCGCACCUGUCUCCAGACCUCCCCGCUGCACAUGAUGACCCUUUGACGCACUACACCCAUGCCUUCUCCUCCCUGCUCUCAGACCUCCGCCUUCUUGGCUUCCAUCUGGCGGUGUGUGAGGCGGAUGCAGCCUACGCCACGCAUGCAUGCCUCUUCUUCAGCGUGCACCACUGCUUGCAACUAGGAGGCGACUCUUGAUUCUUGACUCAAGUCGGAGUCGGCAGUCAAGCCGAGUCAGCAGUCAAGCCAGGAGGAGGGGUUGUUAUUGCGGUUUCUGAGCUCUGUUGUACCACACGUGACACGCAUGCUGCCUAUAUGGGCAGUCUUUUUGUUAAUGGGCUCUGCCGGCUCAUGGUACCGUAUGAAACACGGUCGGUCGGUCGGUCGGUUGGUCGGUCGGUCGGUGGGUUGGUGGGUCGGUCGGUGGGUCGGUGGGUCGGUGGGUCAGUGGGUGGGUCGGUGGGAAGUGGGAGGGUUGGUCCAGCAGCAGGACAAGCAUGCAUCAGACAGGGUAUGUGUAAAUGGAUUAAAAUGCAGCAAUAACG